AUGGCUAUUAACACACCAAAUACCCUAUCCGAGAUUGAAAGGCAACGCCAAGCCAAUAUUGCCGAGCAGAAAGCACUCCUGAAAGAGUUGCAACUAACACAGCCCACUGGGAAAUUUGCGAGCGCACAAAAGUCAGCUAAGAAUGAUGCCACUAAGAACAAGAAACGAGCUCCGCCGAAGCGAGUGAAAGAGGAGGAAUCUCCCGCCCCACGACGACAGUCAUCCCGCCUGCAGGGACUCGCUGCUGACAGCGAGGUUGCCAAGCGCAAGGCCGAGGAGCAAUAUGAGGCGGCCAAAGAGGUUGAACGUGCGAAGAGGAUCAGACGCACAGAUUCAUUUACGCAGAACGACAUGUUCAUUGCUGGACAAAAACUGAGCGGCGAUAGCCUGAUUGGGAUCGACGUCGUCAACAAAGGUGUUGCGGAACCAUAUCUGCGAACAUUUGGGGACGAAGAUAUUAAGAAAACCACUGAUAAGGAGCUCAAGGCUCUUCGCGAGGAGAUGAAUGGCUUGCAAUUAUGGGACAAAUGGGAUCCACAGAGGAUCAAGAUCACCCCCGAGCGGGUUUAUACCAUGGCAUUCCACCCAUCUGAAACAAAGCCUCUCGUGUUUGCUGGCGAUAAGAUGGGACAUCUGGGCAUUCUGGAUGCUUCGCAGGAGAAACCUGAGGUGAAGCAAGAGGAUGAGGAUGAUGAGGAUGAUCCCGACCCCGUUCUUACAACCCUCAAAAUUCACACGCGCACGAUUAGCUCGAUGACUAUCCACCCUUCGAAGCCAACCGCCUUGUACACAGCGAGCUACGAUAGCUCCAUCCGCGAACUGGAUUUGGAGAAAACUGUCUCAGUCGAGGCGUAUGGGCCGGAAUCCACAAACAUCGACGAGGCAAUUUCUGGGAUCGAUAUGGCACCAGAGGAUCCCAAUGUCCUCUAUUGGACGACUCUUAACGGUGGAUUCGCUCGUUAUGACGUGCGCACCCGCAAAAACACAGUAUCAUCCUGGCAAUUGUCUGAAAAGAAAAUUGGCGGUUUUUCUUUAUGUCCAUCGUCUUCGCAUAUCUUUGCUACCGCAAGUUUGGAUCGCUUUAUGCGACUGUGGGAUCUACGCAAUUUGUCAUUUGACGAGCCAGAGCCUAUCGCAGAGCAUGAGAGUCGUCUCUCUGUCUCACAUGCCGCGUUCAAUGCCGCUGGUCAGAUCGCCACGUCCUCGUAUGAUGAUACUUUGAAGAUUUAUGAUAUGGGCCUGAAGGGUAUCUCCUCAUGGGCAAAAGGCCAUACAGUGCCUGAAAAAGAAUUCCGCCCCGAUACUGUGGUCAGGCAUAAUUGUCAGACAGGUCGGUGGGUUACGAUUCUGCGUCCCCAAUGGCAAUUGAAUCCGCAGUCCCAUAUUCAGAAGUUCUGUAUCGGCAACAUGAACCGAUUCGUCGAUGUUUACAGUGCCGGUGGUGACCAGCUUGCUCAGCUGGGCGGUGAUGGGAUCACUGCUGUCCCUGCAGUAGCGGUCUUCCAUCGCAGCAAGAACUGGGUGGCUGGUGGUACUGCUAGUGGCAAGCUGUGCUUAUGGAUGUGA